AUGGCGGAAGGUUCGAGUGCCGCCGGAAAGACACCGAGAGGGGUUAGUGCUGCGACUGUUAGCGCCCCGGGUAAAAAGGCGCGAUGUGAGGGAGGCAGUGAACUAGAAGAGAGGGCAGUGUGGCCAAGUGAGGAGGACCUACCCGUCGGGGUGUUCACAGUGAAGAAUCAGGAACUGGACAUUCCAGUCAUGAACACCACGGAGAAGCCAAUGAUUCUUAAAGAAGGAGAGGAGCUAGGACAAUGGGGCACAGAGAAGUGGAAAAGUAAGUGGGAAGAAAUGAAUCCACUAAUGAUGGACAAGGAGAUACCACACCUUGAUAGGGAGGAACAUCCUGUAUGCACAGCUGAAGGAAGGGUCCAAGGUAAAGCAACUGGAUGA